GCUAUAUUUAACCCUCGGUUUCGGAACAGUCAAUGUCAUUUUCAUUUCAGUCGGCUCCGAGUAAAAACACUUAGAUCAAGAUGGCAAGGGCAAAUAAUAUCGUUGCCUUCGUAGUUUUUUUAAUAAUACUUUGCGCUGUGUUAGCUGUAUAUUUGCUAUACAAAAGCAACGUGAGCAUUGUGAAGCAUUCGCGUCACUAUCCAAAUAAGAUGCUCAUUUACGACGACUACUCGUUUAGGGACGACAGUUUUGUGUACUUGGUUUGCGAUGAUGGAGAUUUUCCAAAGUGUAAAAUUGUGCAAGAAAAAUACCCGUAUAAAACUAUUUUUAAAUCUUGCAAUGUCACACCAGGCAUCCAGAAAGUGGACAGAGCCAGCAAACGCUUUAUUUUCGUAGUAGCGUUUGGAGAAGACAAGGCUGUUUUAUUGUGGAACGAUGACAACAGUAAGCAUGAUAAACCAUACGUGAACAUUAGCGUUGUACAUAUGAAUGGUUGCAAGCAGGAACGCACGAUAAAUACUCAUUUAUUUACUACUGAGCAAUUGAAUAACGUAAAAAAAAUUUUAACUCAUGAUGACACUUUCGUGGUGUUCUUCAAAAACACCGCUGAGUGCGGAAUUAACGGACAGUUAGACCGAGAAUGCACGCUCCGAUUUAAAAGUGAUGGACAUUUCGACCAUUUGGAUAAAUUCAUUGAUAAUAGCAAAUUUAACAUUAGCAACAUACAUUCAGCCGAUUUGACAAAUAACAGAUAUGUUUAUAUAAAAUCCCGCAAUGGACAUACUGACUUAUAUCUCAGCAAUUCUAAUAAAACUGAACAUAUGUUAUUGUCACUCUCCGGAGAUUUCAAGAUAUCAGUGGUCAACGAAUUGAUUGGAGUAUGCUCGAAAAUUGGCAAAAACACAACGUGCUACCAGUAUGACUUUAAAGGACGCAUCAGUUUGAAAACCAGCCUGACUGACGUUCACAAUAAUACGGAAUUGAAAAACAUUUAUUCUUUACCCGAAGGAGGUUUCCUGUUGAGUUAUGCUGAAUUUGGUAGAUGCGAAGAAGAAGAUGAGUGCUAUCCAGACUGGCUGACCAACUAUUUCAUUCAAAAAAUUGACGCGACUGGGAAGCCAAUCGGUAAAGUUGGUUUUAUAGGUCUUGAAAAAGGUUAUAAAGUCAUCAAUCAUUCGUAUAUUUGGAAAGCUGAAAAAGAAGGAGAAUAUUGUGCAUUUAUCGAACCUUUCAGACAAUCCGAUAAAAUUGAUUUUUUUGUUAAUUGUUUUCCAAUUGCAAAUUUCGAUGCAUAAUUGAUGGAGUCAUAUUACUUUAGUUAUGUAAAGUAUGAAAUUGAAAUUACGACAUUUUCUGAAGUACAUGUGUGCAUUUCAAUUGAAUCAAUAGGUUUUGCAUUUAAACAAAUAGUCAAAAAAGACCUCGUACCAGUUCUAUCUCAUUAAUUAAUAUAAAUUUUCACCAAUUAAUUAUAUUGUUAUUACUUUCAACUACAGCAUAUUAUGCCUCUCUGCCAAGUGACAGGUUUUGAAGCACUAAACAUGUUAAUUGUAUUCUAAGAU